ACAUAACCUCUCAUCGAGAACAAUCAUAUGUUUGGUUAUUUCCCGCCAUCUACACAUUUCCUCAUGUUAUUUGCAUCUAUGUUUAUAAUAAAUGCGUUUUAAUAAUUACCCGAUAACAAACGCAGAUUUCAUUAAAAAAUGUCCAGCUUUAGCCAGUCUUCGAGGAAACGAAAAGGUGUAGGUGAAGUUCGAUCAGAUGAGUCUAAUGCAGCACCUAAGAAGUCGAAACUAAAUAGUGAUCAUCAAACAUGUUUAAGGCGGGCCGGAACAAUAAAUCACAUGACCUUAAAAAAUUUCAUGUGCCAUUCGAAUUUCGAAAUAGAUUUUACCAAACACAAUGUAAGUAUGGUAAUUGGGAAAAACGGCAGUGGUAAAAGUGCCAUCCUAACAGCAUUGAUUGUUGGAUUAGGAGGCAAAGCAAGCUUGACAAAUCGAGGAUCGAGUGUUAAAAGUUUUGUAAAAGCUGGACAAUCUUCAGGAAGUGUAGAAAUUGAGUUGUGCAACGAAGGGCCCAUGGCAUACAAACCAAGAAUUUAUGGCAAAACUAUUACUGUCGUCCGAAAUAUUUCAGCAUCUGGUGCAGGAAGCUAUAGAGUGAAGUCUGAAACGAAUUCAGUCAUUUCUACCCAAGCAAAAGAACUGUUAAAUAUCACGUCCACCCUUAACAUCCAAGUGGAUAAUCCAGUUUGCCUUUUAACCCAAGAUACCUCAAGAAAUUUCCUUAGUAGCAAUGAUCCGAAGAACAAAUUUAAGCUCUUUACGAAAGCUACGAAAUUAGAAGAUUUAGAAGUUGAGUAUAAAACUACUAUGCUGAACCAAAAGGAGUCCGUUCAUCUAUUAGCCGACAAAAAAACGAAAUUUGCGAAUUUGCAAGAAGAAAUGCUUGCAUUGAAAAAGAAGAUAGAUGGUCAUCAAUCUAUUAUUAGUAUAAAAGAAAAGAAACUUAGUUUACAAAAUGAAAUGUUGUGGGCACAAGUCAAAGACCUUGAAGAUGAACUGGUGGAAGAGCAGGAAAAAGUUGAUAAGAUUAUAAAACGCCUAGAAGAAUUUAAGGCGGAUACCAACAAGAAGGCUCAGCAGAUGGAGGCGGUCCAAGAGAGUAUAAACAAUUACGAACGACAGAUUGCGGAUAUUAACGGCCAACUGGAAAUCCAAAAAGGUCCCCUAGCUGAUUCGAAGAAAAUCAUCGACGAAUUGCAAAUAGCUUACAACGAAGAAAGGAGAAAAAAGCAUGCACUAGCUAUUGAGAUCGUCGAUAAAGUUAAAAAUGCUGAAUAUUUGAAACAAGAAAUUGCCAAUGCAAAUAAAAACAUGUCCGAAAUAGAACAGCAGAAGAAAGACAGAUUGGGAAAACUUGCCAAACUGGAAGAUCGGUUUAGAAGCUGUGGUAAUCACAUAGAAACAAUCAAUAAUGAAUUGUUUCAAAUCAAAAGUGACAUCGAUAAAAAGCAGGGAGAUGCUAGAAGUCUUAAGACGGAAAUUUCACACAUUGCGAACGAAAUUGCAAAUGAAGAGUCUAGUUUACGAGCACUUGAAAGAGAGUCUGGAAAUACAUUGAUGAUCUACGAUAGAAAUAUGCCAAAAGUUAUAGAAAUGAUCAUGCAACAGAAAAAUUCAUUUCAACAUGAACCCAAAGGUCCUUUAGGAUCCUACUUGAAAUUGAAAGAAAAGAAAUGGGCUGUAGCCGUUGAAGGAUAUUUAGGGCGGGGAGUUUUGAGCGCGUUUACUGUAGACAAUCAAAAAGAUGGCAAAUUGUUGCAACAAAUUUUUGGAAAAUGCUUGGAAAGAGAACGCCAGCCGACUAUUAUAACAUCCCGCUUUAUAAAUAGAAAACACGAUGUAAGUAGAAAUUUGGUGCAAGCUCCGCCAGAUUGCGUACCCUUGUACAAUGCACUGAUAAUCAACGAUCCUGUAGUAUCCAAUUGUAUUGUUGAUCAGUCAAGUUUGGAAAAUAUAUUGCUGAUUUCCAGUGAAGAAAAAGCUAUGGAAUUAAUGUCAGAUAGGGACAGAGUACCAAAGAACUGUAAACAGGGUUUAACUAUUAAAGGGAAUAAGUAUUAUCCUGACCCAAAUUAUAAAACUUAUGCUUCAACUUGUCAUCAAGCCCGUUAUUUGCAAGUUGAUACUCAAAGUCAUGUGCAAGCGAUUAAAAAUAAUAUCGAAAAUUUGAACAACCAAAAGCAAGCAAUCCAAAGUCAGUUGCAAAGUUUAGAAGCCAAUAUUAAAACUCAACAGUCAAGACAAAAGGAAUUGGAAGACAAACUCAGAAAGGUUACCUUAGCUAAACAAAAAAUUAGAACAGAGCGUGACGAAUUAAGUAAUGAGGCCGAACCAGAAGUGCACAAUUUGCAUAAUCUGGAAAAUGAGCUUGAGGAAAUCCUUGGAACACUUACGGAGAAAAAUGCCAUUUUGGAACAAACCGACCAAGAAAUACGCGAACUCCAAUCGAACAUAUCUGAGGAAGAAGAAAAAAUGGGCAAGUUCAAAAAAGCCUCUAAAGUUUUAGAAGAAAGAUUGUGGCAGUUACAGGAGCAAUUGCGAACCACUCAGUCCGAACAGCGUCAACAUUUGACCAGUAAAGAGUUUAAUGAGCAGAGGCUUAAAGAGUUUCAGAGGAAAGUAGACCAUGCUACAUCUGCAGUGGUUUUGAAACAGGCUGAAAUCGAUACAAAAUCCACGAACGCUGCUAAAUUCGAACAACGACCUGCAGAGACCCGGCCAGUAAGAGUAGUAGCCAACGAAUUGAGCGAAAUAUCCAGGACUAUGGCUCGUAGAGAAUCACAAUGCGACAAUAUUGAAGAAGUUACUGAACAGUACACGGCAUUGGUUGCUAAAUAUAAAUCCGUUGCUGAGAGUAUGAAAUCGUUGUAUGCGGAUUUAAAAGAACUAAACAAAGCAGUGGACCUAAGAAAAAAGCACUAUAAACUGACGGAAAACUACUUUCUUACAUUUAUAAAGCACUCAUUCAAAAAAGUAUUGGAGCUUAGACAGUUUAAGGGUUCCAUAGAAAUUAAUAUGGAACAGAAAACUCUAACCUUGAUAGUUAUGCCUCAACGCGGGUCUCAAGUGUUAACUGCAACUUCAAACUUAUCAGGUGGAGAAAGGUCGUAUUCUACUGUUGCUUUCUUGUACGCGUUAUGGCAGUGCAUGGAUUUUCCUUUCUAUUUUUUAGACGAAUUCGAUGUUUAUAUGGAUAAACUAAACCGUACCAAAGUCAUCGACAUCUUGUUGCAUUAUGCUAGUUCAAAGCCUGAUUUACAAUUCGUAUUUUUAACGCCGCAAGACGUAUCAUUUCUACAGCUUGUAGAAAAGAAUGUGAAUCUUUUAAGAUUGGAGGACCCAGAGCGAUUCAACUUAUAAAAUAUAUGUAUGUUAAUUUGUUAUCUUCUUACCUACUUUAAAAACUGUUUUGUAGAUUUGAGUCAUGAUAUGUCUAAAUUACUAUUUUAUGUCAUAAUGGACCAAAUCUCGUAAUUUGAUCAUAACAGUAUAAGAUAUUGAAAAACAAAGUUAAUUUUAAUAAACUAAACUAUUUAAAUUGUUA